UCUUACAAAUUUCAAAGUGUUCUUAGUUUUCUUCUUUUCAACAGAACAAUAUUGUUCUGCAGAAACGAUAUUACUGGUUUGAGAAGAAAUUGUUCUGAAGUAUUAGCCGGACGGUAUGGCUACUCUUUGAAGUACCAAGGUUUGCAGUUGUUCAGCACCAGUAGUAGAGAAACGUGGACAGAAAUUGGGCGUAAUUCCAAUAUGGUAAAGGAUCAUGCAAAGGAGAAGGUUCGAUUCCCUGCAAACGUUCCAGCUUCUCCUCGGCAGUACUUUCCUUACUGGGCAAGAUGGGUUUUGGGCUCCAUACUCACUGUGCUGCCUUUUUCGAACGAGAAAUGGGCCAAUCUUCAAACUAUAGAAGGAAAAGCAGAAAUGGUUGUGGAAGAGGUAGAAAAUGUAGCGGAGAUAGUAGAAAGAGUGGCAACAGUAGCCAAGAAGGUAUCAUCAAACGUAGCAGAGAAACUUCCAGAGGAUGGAAAGCUAAAAGAAACUGCUUUAUUUGUGGAACGCGUAUCCAAAAAGGCUGCCCAUGAUGCUCAACUAACCAUAGACUUUAUUCACAAGGUUGAUGAAUUGAAGCAUGACAUUGAAGACUUGGAGACUAUGGUUGAGCCAGAUGGCGAUUCGAAGAAUGAAACUAAAGGGAAAGUGUUACGAAAAGAAAAUUCUUAA